AUGGAAUCCGAAGUGAUUGUUUUGAUUUUGUUCCUGGGAGUUUUAAACUUUUCGCUGUCGAUGGACCAGGCAGAACAGCACAUGAAAGUAUGUUCUGGUACGAAUGAAGGCAUGUCAACAGCUGGAUCAGAAAGUUUCCGAUAUAACAAUCUCAAAAAUCAUUACCAGAACUGUACCUAUGUGGACGGAAACUUGGAAAUCCAGGAGCUUGGUUCUAAUCGGGACUUAAGUUUUCUGGAAAAUAUUGUCGAAGUACGUGGAUAUGUACUCAUAUAUGCCGUUUUCACACGGACACUACCACUCAAACGACUUCGGAUAAUUCGAGGAAGUGAACUUCACAACUAUAACAAGGGAAAUUACAGUUUGUUUGUUGUGUUAAACAGUUUUUCAAAUUCAUCUUCUAUUGGAAUGUUUGAACUUGGAUUACGAUCUCUACAAGAAAUCAGCAAUGGCCAGGUUUAUUUUUUUAAUAAUGAGCUGCUGUGUUUUCACAAGACAAUACACUGGGCAGAUAUCAAUCCCGACGUUAACCCACAUGUUAAAUAUGUGUUUGAUGCCUCGUAUAAACGCACAUGUCCAGAAUGCCACCCGUCUUGCUACAACAAUCGGACCGGAGAGCGCCACUGCUGGGGGGAAGGUCGUGACAUGUGCCAACAAUUGAAUCAUGCUACUGUGUGUUCGCCAAGUUGUGAUGGACGGUGCUUUGGUUAUCAACAGAAUCAGUGUUGUCAUCCUGAAUGUGCGGCAGGAUGCUCAGGGCCUCGGAAAACAGACUGCAUGGCAUGUAAACAUUUCAUGAAUGAAGGCGAGUGUGUGCAGAAUUGUCCUCUAGUGAUGGAUUACAACCCAUUCACAUGGAAAGCCGAGAUAAACCCUAAAGGAAAAUACAAAUAUGGCUCUUUGUGUGUUGCAAAGUGUCCUGACCACUUUCUACGUGACAAAUAUAUUUCUGCAUGUGUGAAAGUUUGUGGAGAGAACAAACAUGCUGUAAACGGAGAAUGUAUUCCCUGUGAUGGACCUUGUCCAAAAAAUUGCAAGGGACUUAAUAAAACUGAAUUCCUGACAUCGGAAAACAUUGAACGCUUGAGUAACUGUACAUUGAUAGAGGGCAAUCUUAAAAUCGUGGAGACCACUUUUACUGGAGAUACAUACCGAAAUAUUUCUGGGCUGGAACCUAAAGACCUCUACGUACUCAACACAGUGAAGGAAAUCACCGGUUUUGUCAUCAUUCAAUCAAACCACUCUGGCUUCAAAAACCUCUCGUUCCUGUCCAACCUAGAAAUAAUUCGAGGCAGGGAAGUGGACGGGAGGAGUAAUGCCCUCAACAUCAUGGCCACACCACUGGAGUCACUAGAACUUACCUCCCUUAGGUUGAUCUCCUAUGGGAAGGUCCUGAUCUGGUUUAAUAAGCAGCUUUGUUAUGCGAAUACAGUUAAUUUCACAAAGUUAUUUGUCUUAGGGGAUCAGACAGCAUAUGUUGCUGGUAACAAAAACAUCGGUCAGUGUGAAAUUGAAGGUCGGGUGUGUCACCCAUAUUGUUCAAUGGACGGCUGUUGGGGCAGUGGUCCGGAUAAAUGUCUGUCAUGUAGGCACAUGAAAGUCAACGACAGCUCAAACCUGUGUCUCAAAUCCUGCAAUGAGAAACCGUACCUGUACCAAGAAUCAGCUACUCUGUGUAAGCCUUGCCACAAGGAGUGUGCUACAACUUGCACUGGUCCGAAAGCCAGUCAAUGUGAUGCUUGUAAGCAUGUGAUUGUCAUGAUCAGCAACAGUAGUAGUCAAGCCUGCCAUGAAAAAUGUCCCGACAUGUAUUAUGCCGAUGAGAAGAAAAUCUGCCGAAGUUGUUAUAAACAUUGCGCAGGAGGAUGCACAGGUCCUUCCCCGGAGGUGAUGAUUGGCGGUUGUAAUACGUGUCAUAUUGCGGAAGAAAUCAAGGAUGAUCUGGAUAACAGAAUACAUCUCAAUUGCAUAGUUGACGACGAAUCAGAUUGCCGUAAAAAUUUCUAUAAAACAACUGUUGCGGUCAAAGAUCCUGGGCCUAUGGCAGGCAAACAGUUAUGUAAACCAUGUCAUCCCCUUUGUGAUGGAUGUGUGGGACAUGGCCCAGCCCAGUGUAAGAAUUGUGUCCAUUACAAAGAAGACGACUACUGUGUAGAGUCUUGUCAUAGCUUCAACUUUGGCAACAAGGUGACAAAACAUUGUGAACCAUGUGACGCUGAGUGUCAAAAGGGAUGCUAUAACAAAACAGCUGCUGACUGCUUCUCUUGUAAAACGUACAAAGUCUACAUUGAAGAAGGCGAUAAUUUCAAAUUCAAUUGUACGUCAGAGUGUCCAGAUGACAUGCGUCACCUUGUUAAGGAUGAAUAUGAUACGAAGAAUGGGAUGACGGUUUGCGCACGGGAUGAUCAUCCAAUGGUGAUGGCAAGAAUGGCGGCUGAUGCGGAGGAAGAGAAGAAGAAGAUAGCAGUUAUUGCAGGGCCCGUAAUUUUUGGCGUAAUCCUGGUGGCUAUUCUCCUUGCCUUGUUUGGUUACUAUUGGCGACAGCAAGCACGUUCAAAGGAGAAAACAGCAAUGCUGACUGCCAAGAUGACUGGCUAUGAUGAUGAGCCGGUUACACCAACAAGUGCCAAACCAGAUAUGUCACAUCUGCGCCUUAUCAAGGAGUCAGAUAUGCGUAGAGGAGGGAUCAUUGGAUCUGGAGCAUUUGGAACAGUGUACAAGGGAUUCUGGAUUCCAGCAAAAGACAAUGUUAAGAUCCCGGUGGCUAUCAAGGUCCUACAGGAAGGAACAUCAGCCAAUCAGAACCAAGAACUCCUGGACGAGGCACGUGUGAUGGCCUCUGUCGAUCAUCCAUGUUGUAUUCGAAUUCUUGCAGCCUGUAUGACAGCUCAAAUGAUGUUGGUUACACAGCUCAUGCCGCUUGGAUGUUUACUGGACUAUGUCCGCAAGCACAAAGAAAACAUUGGCUCCAAAGUCCUCCUUAAUUGGUGCACACAGAUAGCUAAGGGAAUGGCCUAUCUAGAGGAGAGAGAUAUUGUACACAGGGACCUGGCUGCCAGAAAUGUACUAGUACAAAGUCCCGGUCAAGUUAAGAUCACUGAUUUUGGGCUGGCCAAACUUCUUGAUUAUAAUGAGGAUGAAUACCACGCAGCAGGGGGAAAGAUGCCAAUCAAAUGGCUGGCUCUGGAAUGCAUCCAGCACAGAAUAUUCACCCACAAAAGUGAUGUCUGGAGUUACGGUGUUACUGUGUGGGAGCUUUUCACCUAUGGACAACGACCAUAUGAGAAUGUUCGUGCAAGAGACGUACCAGAUCUACUAGAAAAGGGGGAACGACUCCCACAACCACACAUCUGUACUAUUGACGUCUAUAUGAUAAUGAUCAAAUGCUGGAUGUUAGAUGCAGAUAGCCGUCCUUCAUUCAUAGAGCUAGCUGAAGAGUUCGCAAAAAUGGCCCGUGAUCCAGGACGAUAUCUUGUCAUUGUUGGCGACGUUUUGAAGAAAAUUCCUGAAGAAACUCCCUCACCCGUCACAGACCUAGCCGAAUAUUUCCCCGAGGGUACCCAAAAUGACCCUGAGGCUCAGGCAGAGCAUGACAAGCUGAUGCGAUUGCCAAGCCAUUCAUAUGACAAAAACGAUUUAGCACGCAGCCUCAGUGUGGCGGCUGAUGGCCCUGAGGAAGUUGUGGAAGCUGAAGACUAUUUACAGCCGCAGUCUCGUAAUUCUGGGGUUCCGACAACACCAGUCUCGUCAAAGACACCAUUACUACAUCCUCACGAUGCAGCCACAAAUUUUGAUAUCAAAGACCGUGACCCUCAUAUGCAGCCACGGAGAGAAAAAAGAUAUGGACAUCUGGAGUCCGCAGCUGCUGCUCGUAAACAGCGAGAAUUAUCUCCCACCAGAGGAAGAGGAAAUAGCAUCAAUUCUCGUUACAGCUCUGAUCCCGUCCAGUUUUUUAGAGGAGGAGAUGAGCCUGAAGCUGUGAUUAUGUCUCCAAGUCGAAAAAGUCCCGUGAGGAAUGGAUCCAUGGGUUACCCAGACCCUUCUCAGUUAAUAGAAGCUGGGAAAAUCCAACUCCCAGUGGAUGAGGAUGAUUACUUACAACCAAAAUCAUCUAAACCCAGACUGUACACAGAUCUUAUAGAGAAUCCAGAUUAUAUGAAUGACAACUGUGUGUUUGAGAAUGAAGCACCUUCAGAACCAGAACCCGUCCUCAAUUUUGAGAAUCCUGAAUAUUUUGAUGAUAUCAAUAAUCCGCAGAUUAAUGGUAAAAAACCUCCAGCAUGUAAAAACAAUCGCAGUCGAGAUUACUACAAUGACUUUGGUGAUCGGAGCAAGCAGCAUGGAGAACUCAAGCCGUUAAUGAUUUCUGACAUCUCUCCGUCAGAAUCUGCUGUGUAGUGUCGAUCCGAGAAUAAUGACAUUUUGUCAUUGAUGCUCCUAAUACUGCCAAAGUUCUGUGUAGAUUUGAAACACAUGGUUGUGUUGGUGUGUUUGUACUGAGCAGAAAAAAGUCAGUACAGAUGUACCAAGCAGAAACGUGACUGCAUUAUCAACUAUAUUGUAGACAAAAUCUCAGAAAUGAUUAUGUGAUGGAUUCUGAUUGGUCAGUUGAACUAACCGGAAAGGAGGAAACUUUAGAUCACCCAUUCUGAUUGAUACUUUUUGACCUCCAGUGACCUGGUGGACCCUAGUGACCUUUAGUUAAGACCAGAUGUAAAACGUGUGGAAAUCAGAUUCUCAGAUUCAUCAUUGACAUAUCCCUGAGAAUUUCAAAAUGUUAACCAAGUUGUGAUAAGAUUUACAUGUGUAAAUAAUCUCUGGUCACCUGACUGAUUAAUAAAAUCACAUGACUGAAUUGGAUAUCUUUGAUUUGAUUGGUCGAAUAGCUCGUAAAAUGUGCCAUCUUUUCAAAGUAUAUAUUUUCUUUCAUAAGAGACAUAGAGUGUAACUUUGAAAAAUGAACUGGAUAGUGAAACUAAUUUGUGGUACACAGAAUGUGAGUUGGACCAACGACAAAAUACUUUGUGUUUCAUCACCACAUCUGUUGCUAUAGCAACCAAGAUUUGAGUUGUGCAUUACAGUGUUGAAAUAAUUUGUUAUUCAAAUGGAAACGCCAUAAUACUUACAAGAACAUUUAUGUUACUUAUAAAAUGAUUGUAUCGUAUGUUAAUGUGACAAAAUGGCUAUAGUUAUUGUAUUAUAUAUCAUGGCCUGAUCAUACCUUUGUGUUACUUAGAUUGGAAUGAAAAUGUAUUUUUACUUGCGGAAUAUGCAGCAAUUAACAGUAUAAAAUUUAUGAAUGUUUUCCUCAAAUGAAUAAUAAUAUAUUUGGUUUGUUGGAAUUUCGAUAUGAAGAUAAAAACUCUGGCUUUGUGAUGACAAAAACCCACAAAAACCCAGAAAUACUUUUCAGUCAGUGUUUUUAUAGAUAUGUGAGAGGUUUAAAAAAAAAUGCAUCUCAAGCGUUAUUAUGCAGAUAGAAUAUACAAGAGUUAUCAAUCUUUGAUGUGAAAGGGUUAUCUCCCUUUCAGCAAGCUGGUGUUGUUGGACAAUUGAUAUUUGACCGGACUUUGUAUCUAUGCAAUCUAUGACAUUUAUCAGUAUGAAUUGUUUUUGAAGAGUUGAUCCAUGCACUUGACAACAUUCUACUUCUCCUUGUCUGUUCUGUUCAAUAUACCUGUUUCAUAGAGACAUGAAGUCUACAUUCAUUUUGGAAAGCUUAGAUAACACCAUGAAAUUAAAAAAAAAAAAAAAAAAAGACUACAAAAAAAAAAAAAUUGUGAGAACUUAAAAAGAGAUAUAAAUAAAUUAAAAAGAAAGACAAAAUGGAAAAAAACAAAAACAAAAACAAAAGAAAACAGAUUAUCUGGAAAACAAGUGAAGGUAUUUCAUUGUCAUGUGAUAUGUAUGUACUUCCUGGUGAUUUGAUUAUGGGGAUACAUAUACCAAUGUUUGUAGUCUGUACUUAUUACUGGCUGCAAGACCAAUAGCUAGAAAUGUCAUCAGUUUUAACGAAGAUAUUUUAAUUCAAGCUUUAUUUCAAAAUCUUUUCGAAUUAAAUAUUUCACUGUAAAAAAAUCUUGUAGAUUUUGUUAACUCAUUUGAAAGAAAUUGCAUGGCUACGAUUUCUUUGACAGUAAAAGACAACUCAGAUUUUUGUUAUUAGUAAAAUUCAUAGUAAAAAUUCAAAAUUGUUUUACGAUAAAAUAUGUCAUCGUUAAAUGGCAUAAAAUUGUCUCCUGCUUCACUCAUUGUGAUAUUAUUUAACAAGAAGUGCUGUUAUAGAAAUCCAUUCUGUCCAUUUUGAUGGCCUGUGAUUGAUAUGAUAUAGAGAGUUACACACAAUUCAGUCCCUAGUUACCCAGAUAUGUGUACUUUUUAAGGGUUCACAAUUCAGUUUUGUAUACAGGCAUGGGAUCACAAUGCUCAGAAAGAUUUUUCUAAAAUUUUAGUUCUGGAUGAAAUUGUGAUUGAACCCCCCUUUUUUAGUUUUUUGUUUUUGUUUGAGGAAACUUUCAUAAUCAUUCAUAAUCGAUAUAAUCUAUCAAAAAUCAGACACUAGAAAAAACAAUUAACUGCUUAAUCUUGUAUAUUCUGUAAAGAAACAAGAAAAAUUUAACGAAAACUCUUGAACAUUUUGGCUGAACUCAACACAAGGUGUGUAAGGAACUUAAUAAAACCAUGGAGGACUUGGAUGUCCAUUUAUGUCUGUGACAAAAUAAAAACAUCAAAAUGGUAAAGCUUUCCCACCUUGCUAUGCUAAGUAUGCAUAUGAUUUCAUGAAUAUGCAUGAGAUGUCAUUAUUAUGCAUAUGGUAUCAUAAAUAUGCAUAUGAUGUCAUGAAUAUGCAUAGCAAUCCCUGUAAAACUAGACUUGGACACAGUAAAGGACAAAAAGCUACCUUGAAAAUUAAAAUGGUAGCCUUUCUUUUGUAUUUUUAUGAAAAUUUUUGCAUUUAAUUUUUGGUAAAACAAGGAAAAUUUGAAGAAUUGAAAGAUAAUAUUUAACAGUAAUGAAAAGAACUGGAAAUGAGGUAACAGUAGGUGAUCAUGUCCUUGAAAUUUUAUUUGUGUAUAAAUGCCACGGGUUGUAAAUCAGUGUUGGGAUUAACAAGGUUGACUUUACAUUCUAGUAGCGUAACAAUACGCACAAGUAAUCUGAACAAAAGAUGUAUUUCUCAGGUAUUUCUAUUGUUGAUUAGGUCAUAAAGGUGAUUCGGCUAGCAUUGUUAUACAGUCAUUCUCUUAAUGUCAUUUGAUUAUUGAUUCUUUGAAGAUCAAUUUUCAAUUUCAGAAAAAAAAUCCAAAUAUUAGCUUUGUUUUUUUUAUGUAACUGUUUUUACUUUGAAAACACAACAUCCUAAUUGAGAAUGAUUAUGUAAAUAAGAGAGCUUAAUAUGUUAAUGAUUUCAAACAUAAUCAAUUAUUAAUUGAUAAUUUGUCCAAUUCUGUACUAGAUAUCCGAACAAAUUU